AUUGCUUGGAUCGUCCAAGCUGCCAUGUCUUCGGAGGAAGGAGCAAAACUAGAGGGAAGGGCACCUAGGAGGCGUCGUGGCAGCCCAGGCCAAAGUGGUGUGUCCAUGACGGUGGUGUACUACCUGUGCCGCAGUGGACGGCACCUGGAGCACCCACACCUGAUGGAGAUGCGCCUCCCCUCCCCAAACGAAGCACUCUACCUCAGGGAUGUGAUCUGCCGGCUGGACGCGCUGCGAGGGAAGGGCAUGGCUGCCAUGUAUUCCUGGUCCUGCAAAAGAAGGUACAAAACCGGAUUCGUAUGGCAUGAUGUGCUGGAGGAUGAUAUGUUGCUCCCCACACAGGGCAGCGAGUAUGUCCUCAAGGGCUCCCUCUUGCUCCCCCACCACUCAUCACCACCUGCGCUUGUAGCUGCACCACCACCUGCAGAUCAUGACCACACGAAUGUCGGCACAACCAUUAUCCAAAAGGUCCAAUGCGUCAAGCCAACUCCUGAUGAAGAGGCACCAACUCAUUCCAGGGAAGGCUGGACUACUAAUUCAUCAUUGUCAUCUCCUCCCACGAUCGAGGUUGAUGUUGAGGUUGAAGCACCACCUCCACCUCUGCACCAAGAGCCACAGCCAGAGCUGUCGUCAAUAUCACCAUCAUCUUCUUGCACCACUGGGGAUAGGGAUGAGGAGGCAGCAUCAGCACGUUCAAGCUCUUCAGGCAGCCCCGCCUCUCCUACUAAGCCAACAAGAGGAUCAGCAGGAAGCGCACCUUCUACUUCAGGUAGCACAAGUUCUCCGACUCCUCCACCUAGCCUCAUGCUUUACAACAAGCAGCAAGUGUCCAUAAUCACAGCACAAGGCGAAGCAACACAAACCCAAGGAACAUCAACAGGGAGAGACCUUCACAAGAAGGAUACUGGUUGUAGUACCGGUAGCAUACUGAUCAAGGCAACUGUGCCUGCCGAUGAUAAGCAAGCAGGACGGACAAGAUCUUUCUCCUCCAGCACCAGCAGGAGUGGGACCUUGGAGUCCCUCAUAAGGGCCGAGGCUCUUGGCAGAAGAGGUGCCACUGCUAAGAGGAUCCUGGAAGAGGAUGAUGAUGAUGACAAAGAAGCAGUGCAGUCACAAGGCACAAAGCUGAACCCUGCCAACCUGCUGAUGCGGCUCAUGGCUUGUGGGUCGACGAUGUCUGCAAGGCAGCAUCUCCCUGCCUGUGGCCUCAUGCGAUCAACGCACAAGCCCCAGUACUUGAGCCAACAUGUUGAGCUGCUGCCAUCAUCUCCAGUGUUGUCUCCCCUUGGCGCGCUCAUCAUGCAUCCUGUAACUGCUGCUGGAGUUGGAGUAAUUUCAGACUCAGGAGACUGCAGCAACUGCAGUGGGAGCAUGCUCCAAACUGCAGUCAAGGGAUGCGAGUCAGGCAAAGUGAUGUCAACAAAUAUUAAGCACUCCUCAUCUUAUGACCAAUACUGUGUUUCUGAGAAAGAAGCCUCCGUAGGGAAUUUGGAUAAUUUGGAGGGCAGAAGCAAAAUUAUCUCACAAACAAUCAAAAUGGCACCAUGUCAGCAACCCAAAAGUGGGACAUUGGUAACCAUAACCACAGAUGUCAGACAUAACAAUGGUGAACAAGGAUGUAGCAAUGAAGCUUCAUCCAAGACUUUGUCAAGAAGUGCGAGCAAAAGAAUGACCGAUCCAUCACCACGAUCUACAAGAGUAGUAACAUUUCAUGAUGAAAAAGAGAAAGCGGUUAAGAUUGAAGAAAGGCUUGCUUCUGGAGCUCGUGUCAUAAUCCAGUGUACGCCCUUACUCAAAGAAACUUAUGCCAGUGCUAAAGCAAUGUAACAGAGGCCGUUUCCAUCUUGUUUGCCCCCUCUACCCUUUUUCUUUCUUGAUAGUUCAAUGUUAUUGGCAGCAGCUGAAAGUGUGCGGUUCUAUCAGAUUUCUCAUCAGGGUAAUAAUUAGCAGAUGGGUUUCUGUACCUUUCAGGGUAGUUACCAUUGUAAUAAAUGUCCAUUGUCUGUCACCAUAACACUGUACUCUCAUUUCGGUAAAGAUGUUUACACAGACACCACAGUUAGCAUUCUUUCAGUUUUCUCUUAUUUAUCCUUCUGCUUCUGUAAGAUUUCCCUCGUAGAGUCCCUUCUCCAAAGCAGUUGUUGGUGGCUGCUAGGAGUUUGACAGGGAAAAGGGUGAAAUAAACAGCACAUCGCUGAGUAAAUUCAUGCCCUGGACAUGAUUACUGCC